GCGCUCAGACGCUGCUGCUCUGAGUCAGUUUCCUAAAUACAGAGGAGGAGGAGGAGCUGAUAGUGAGUCUGACGGAGGCAUUUCACUUUAAAACAACUAUUACAGAAGAGUAAAGAAGCGUACAGAGGGAAUCUCAGAGCUGCUGUCUGUAAUAUCGUCUCCUGUAUAUCUGUCCUUCGAGUUUGAGGUUGAAGAGGAGUUCCUCCUCCUUCCAGGGCACAUACCGAACAUUUUCAGCAAGCCAUGCCAAACUGAUACUGGAGUAACAGAGCUGACAGUGGAACUAUGUGUUAAGGAUUGUCUGUUGAACUACCUGGGGACCACUGAUAUUCUUCUUCGGCUGUUAGAGGAAGUUGGUUUAGCAAUGGGGAGGAGGAAGAUCCAGAUCACCCGGAUCGUAGAUGAGAGGAACCGACAGGUGACUUUCAUGAAAAGGAAGUUUGGUCUGAUGAAGAAGGCCUACGAGUUGAGCGUUCUGUGUGACUGUGAGAUCGCCCUCAUCAUCUUCAACAGCUCCAACAAGCUGUUCCAGUAUGCCAGCACCGACAUGGACAAAGUCCUGUUGAAAUACACCGAGUACAAUGAACCCCACGAGAGCAGAACCAACUGUGACAUUGUAGAGGCCCUGAACAAGAAGGAGCACAGAGGCUGUGACAGCCCCGAUGCUGACGCCUCCUACGUCCUCACCCCCAACACUGAGGAGAAAUACAAGAAGAUUAAUGAAGAGUUCGACAACAUGAUGAAGAGUCAUAAAAUUCCCACCGUCCAUCCACAGCAGAACUACAUGCAUGGCAGCAUGUCGUACAGCCCCGGUGCAGGAGGAGGAGGAGGAGGAGGAGGAGGACCGACCUCCCAAGCUCUAGCUGCAGCCACAGCAGCUCUGGCUGACAGUGGGAUCCUCUCCUCACAUCACACACACCUCCACCGAAACAUGAACCCUCCACAAAGACCUCCCAGCACUGGAAACACAGGUGGCCUACAGGGCAGCUCUGAUAUGUCUCUGCAAAAUGGGUCUGGACCAGUUGUGAACGGUUUUGUGGGCUCACCUGGUGGAGGCAGCUUGGGGAAGAUCAUACCAUCCAAAUCUCCUCCUCUUCCACCUCUUGGGAACAGCCUGGUCCCUACCAGCCGCAAGACAGACCUUCGAGUGGUCAUCCCUCAGUCCAAAGGAAUGAUGCAAACACUGAGCAACCAGAGGCUGAGCAGCAGUCAGUCCAGCCAGUCUCUGUCCACUCCAGUGGUCUCCAUCACCACACCCAGUCUGUCUCACCAGAGUCUGGUCUACUCCGGCAUCAGCUCUGCAUACAACAACGAUUACUCCCUGAACAGUGCGGAGCUGUCGGGAUUCAGCUCCCCUACAGGCCCCUCUUUGGGCUCAAUGGCGACAUGGCAGCAACACCAGCUGGGCUCACUGGGGUCGGGGAGCUCCAGUCUCUCCAUCAACACCAACCACAACAUCAACAUCAAAGCUGAGCCAAUCUCCCCACCCCGCGACCACCUCAGCCAAUCAGGGUACAUGACCCAGGCUCAUGCCUCUCUUCAUCCUCACUUAUCCGCCAGAGCAGAGAUAGGGAGGUCUCCUGCAGACAGCGUCAGCUCCUCCUGCAGCUCCCACGAGGGUGGCAGCGACCGGGACGAGCAGCAGCAGCAGCAGCGGCUGGACUUCCACCCGCUCCCCGUGGGUCGGUCAGAGGGCAGGGACAGUCCGACGGUCAAACGAAUCCGAAUGGACAACUGGGUGACAUAGACCCUUAGAGUCACAUGACGACACAACACCAGGAAGGACACUGUUAUGCAAAUGAAAUGUGGAUUGUAUUGAUGUGUUCUGUAAUUUUGAUUAAGUUAUCUUUGUUUUUUGUUUUAAUUUGGUGGUCAGAUUUUUCAGAAAGGUUGAGCAAAAUUGGUCUGAAAAUUCUGGAUCUGCCAGAAUUAUUUCAUCUUCUUCAGUGGUACUUAAAACACAACAUGCCGUCCUUUUAUAAUAUAAAUCGUUUAAGCAUCACAGACUGAUCAUGUGGGUCCAAUUGCAGUACAAUCUGUCAUUUUCUUAUCCAGUGGGAUGCAGUACUGUGCACAGAAGAAGUGAGAUUAGUGUUGUCUGUCAGUCUUGUGGCUUCAUGACUUUGGUGGUAAAGCAGUGAAGUGCUUCUGGGUGUCCCCCACUGGGUGUCACCCAAAUCAUGUCUGAUCUUCUCAGGGUUUGAAACAUUGAACGAGUCCAACAUGAAAGCAAUACUCCCUCCACAUCGUCCCUGUUACUCCUCUUUAUAAAAAAAACCACUUAUUUAUA